UUUUUUAAAUUACUUUAUUGAAAACUUAUUCAAAUUUUUUUAUUUUGAAUUCUUUUGGAAUUUAUUCUGAGAUUUAACUUACUGUUUUGGAAUUUUUCUGAAAUUGGAUAAUUACAGUUUUUGGCAUUAAAAGUAGUUUGAUAAGUAAAAUUGCACAUUCAUAGAUUUGAAGGUAGUUUCAGUUUGCAUACUGAAUAUAGUAUUAUUAUAUAAUUGUAACUUAUAGUUUGACAUUUGUAAUUAUAAUACAAAGGUCAUUGUUAAAUAAAGAUUUCCCUUUGAGAGAGAGCUAUCCCAUCCCCAUAGCACACACACACACAUACUCAUAUUUAAAAAGAGACAAGGUAAGAUCUACACAAUGAACACAAGUUAGUACAAGGAACUCUAUGAGACAUUAGCAUCAUUAGUUGAAUACAUAGUAGGUAUACUCAGUACUCAGUAGGUACAUAGAUAGUAGAUUGGAGUUAGGUAUUUAGAGUUUUACAUCAGUUUGGGUAUGUAAGUUUAGGUUAGUAGUGUUGUUAGAUACAUAGGUGCAUAUAUAGAAGUACACUGUUGUAAGUAUAGUACAAGUAGUAUUUAUUUCUUAGAGCAGAUAGGAUACUAUAGUAAAGGUUAGUAUAGUGCAUAGAGUUUAGUUGGUGUUGUAUUGUCAGUCUAUUGGUUGGUUGAGUUUUGCCUUGGUUAGUUGUUUGGUGGUUUGGCAUAUGUGUUAGGUUAUAAGCCUAACAUAUCUUCAAGGUAAAUCAGGUAUUAUAUAUAUAUGUGAUCACACAAUGGUAGGUAUUCAGUUUGUGUGAUUGAAGAUACAGUGACCGACUGGUGAGUGAUACUUAUAUAUAUACUUUUCACAUUGAUAUUAAUCAUUUUUUUAAAUUGCAGGUACAUUAAUUAAUUUGUUGAUUUAUUCAAUCUCUUUCAGAAAACUUAUUACAUUAAGGUAAGUAUCAGGAUACGCAUCAUGUCUGAGGAAUUGACCGAACAGGAUAUACAAAACAUCGUUAGAGCUUUUAAGGAUAUGAAAGUCAAACCGAAUGCAGAUACAACUGAUGCAUUUAAGAAUUGGAUGAAGGAAUUUUCCACGUCAAAGAUGGACGAUGUAUUAUAUAUGCCAUACAUACCGAAGUUACCUAUCUUUUCCGGAGAUGACAAAGGAGAUGAUGUUUCAUACGAUCUUUGGAGAUAUCAAGUAGCAUGUCUUAUCAAGGAAAAUUACCGACAUGAGAUCAUAGCUCAAGCCAUCAGACGUUCUGUUCAUGGAGAAGCUAGUCGAAUCGUUAUGCGAUUAGGAGUUGAAGCAACAGUUGAUGAUGUCAUAGACAGAAUGGAUUGUAUUUUUGGAUCUGUAGAUGUAAAAGAAGUUCUUCUUGCCCAGUUUUACACAGCAUGUCAAGGAGCCGACGAGGAUGUAUCAUCAUGGGGUUGUAGACUAGAGGAAAUUCUUAAUAAAGCACUACAACGAGGAAAGAUUUACGAACAAGAUACGGAUGAUAUGCUUAGAUCAAAAUUUUGGAAAGGAUUACGACCUGAACUACGAAAGGUUUCCAUACACAAGUUUGACCGUAUUAAAGAAUUCAACCAAUUAUUGAUAUCUAUGAGAGAAAUAGAAGAGCAACAUCGUCAAGAUAGCAUUAUUAAGAUAAAGAGCAGUACAUCUUUACCUGACAAAGAGAACAUAACAUCAGAUGAAACAACAGAGCUGAAGGCUAUGGUUCAGAAACUAACUGCACAGUUACAGGAAAAAGAAACUCGAACAGCAACUCACACCAAGAAUCCGAGCUCAACUACAACAUUUAUUCCGGACGAAACUAUAAUUCAUCGACCGAAUGACAGAAACAUACGGAGAAAAAGCGAUAAAGGAGAUAGUAUAUGUUGGAGAUGCGGACAACAAGGUCAUAUAGCAGUAGGAUGCAGAGUAAGAUUGGACAAUUCAAGGAAAGUACAACAUGCUUUGAAUUUUCAACAAGUAACCUUCGAGGAACAACACAUUAGUUCAAGCUUGACUACAAAGGAACAACGGAUAGCAGGUACGGCAAAUGAGGUUACAGUUUUCUUGAAUGGAAUGAAAACACAAGGAUUGUUAGACACUGGAUCGACUGUAUCUACCAUGAGCGAGGAUUUUUACAACAAACACUGCUCAGCAAUGCCAUUAGAACAACUAUCAGGACUAUUAAAGAUUGAAUGUGCAGACGGCUUACAACUACCGUAUUUAGGAUAUGUAGAGGCAGAACUUCAACUGGAAGGAAUUACUACACCUUACAUGAACACAUAUCCAGGAUUAUUUCUCGUAGUUCCAGACAGCGAUUAUAAUUCUACUACACCCUUGCUUAUAGGAACUAACAUCUUAAGUUCAGUUAUGGAGGAUAUCAGUAAAGCAAUUGGGCCAAGGUAUUUACAGGAUACAAAUCUUUAUACGCCGUGGUACCUCGCAUUCAGAUGCCUUACAUUAAGGAACCAUGAAUUGGAAAAACAACACAAUAGAUUAGCUAUAGUCAAAUCAGCAGAGAUGAAAUCAAUAACAAUACCGCCGAAUACAGAAGUUGUCAUAAAAGGAUAUAUGGACAAGAAACUAGAAUACCCAACAAGUUGUGCAUUACUUCACGCUACAAGAAAAACAUCACUUUCAACUGAUCUUGACAUUGUACCAGCUAUAGUCAACUACAACCGUCAUCGUAAAGAACCAAUACUAGUACGGAUAUCAAACAUAACAACUAGAACAGUAACCGUAGCACCAAGAUCGAUUAUUUGCGAGUUGCAACCAGUCAGCAUUGAAGAGUUACCACCAACCGAGAAAUCAGACGUACCUGAUAUUUUAGAUAUAGUCAAACUACCAACUGAAAUACUAGAGGAUGAUGAACUGGAUAGAGGAAAAGAUUUGUUAAAUAGAUUUAAGGAUAUAUUUUCAACAGGAGAUACUGACAUUGGACACACAUCAGCAGUCAAACACCGAAUUGACUUAGUAGAUAACAGACCUUUUAAACAACGUCAUCGCCGAAUUCCGCCGUUAAUGAUUGAUGAAGUUAGGAACCAUCUACGUCAACUGUUAUCAGCUGGAAUUAUAAGACGAUCUCAUUCACCGUGGUCUUCGAAUGUGGUACUUGUAAGAAAGAAGGAUGGAAGCUUAAGAAUGUGCGUCGACUACCGUCAGCUGAAUGAUAUCACCAUUAAAGAUUCUUACGCUUUACCACGCAUAGAGGAGAUUCUUGAUUCUUUAGGAGGGAACACUUUUUAUACUGUCUUAGACAUGAAGAGUGGUUACCAUCAGGUGGAAGUAUUAGAGGAGCACAAAGAGAGAACAGCCUUUACCGUUGGACCACUAGGAUUUUUUGAAUAUAAUAGGUUACCAUUCGGAUUGGCAAAUUCCCCUGCAACAUACCAACGAUUAAUGGAAGAAUGCUUGGGAGAUCUUCACACCAAGAUUUGUUUCAUCUACCUGGAUGAUUUAAUUAUCUUUUCCAAGACCGUAGACGAGCAUUUCGAUAGACUAGAGAGAAUAUUCCAGAGAUUAAGAGAAGUUGGACUGAAGCUGUCGCCAAAGAAAUGUUCCUUAUUCCAACAGAGAGUAAAGUAUAUAGGCCAUAUUGUGUCAGCUAAAGGCAUUGAACCGGAUCCAGAGAAGAUCGACAAGGUUAUGAACUGGCCAAGACCUACAAAUCCAGAGGAAGUAAGACAGUUUUUAGGUUUUGUGGGAUACUAUAGGAAAUUUGUAAGAGAUUUCUCCAAGAAAGCCAGACCAUUGACAGAUUUGAUGCCAUCAACAUCUAACAAGAAAGGAAAAGGAAAGAAAGGACAAAAGAAAACAUCAGUAGAAGUGAAACCAUGGCACUGGGAUAAAGAACAAGAAGACGCAUUUCAGGAACUGAGACACCAUUUAUCUAACCCACCAGUAUUAGGAUUCCCAGAGUACCAGAAUCCAUUUGAACUACAUACGGAUGCUUGCUUAACUGGAUUAGGAGCAGUUUUAUACCAACUACAAGAAGGUAAAAAGCGUGUCAUUGCUUACGCUAGCCGUGGUCUUUCGAAGUCUGAGAGGAAUUACCCUGUACACAAGCUGGAAUUUUUAGCGUUACGAUGGGCCAUUUGUGACAAAUUCAACGAUUAUCUGUAUGGAGCCAAAUUUACUGUACUUACAGACAACAACCCGCUGACCUAUGUUUUGUCUUCAGCCAAGUUAGAUGCAACAGGGCAUAGGUGGAUAGCAGCUUUAUCAGCUUUUGAUUUCGAUAUCAAGUACCGACCAGGAAAGCAGAACACAGAUGCAGAUGCCUUAUCGAGACUACCUGCAUUACUUCAACGCCAGGAAUGCACACCAGAUGAAAGUUAUAGCCAUAUCAGCGAGAUCAGCAAGAUACCUAUUACAUCGGUUAAGGCUAUAUGCAGUUUACUUCAACGACAACCAUACAUUGAAUCUUUGGCAAAAUCUACUAAUGUAAUGGAGGAUAUAGAUAUCAUAGGAACAGAUGAAAAAGUAGAUAUUAGGAGAGAACAACUAAGAGACCCCGUUAUACGAUACUGGAUAGACAACGUUAUGAAGAAGAAGUCACCACGAAAAGAAGAUAUUCCGGCAGUACCGUUUCAUCGUUUACUCCAUUCAAACUUCAACAGACUUAUAUUGAAAGAUGGAAUAUUAUUUAGAAGAACAACAGUAGAUGGAGAAUCGAAAGAUCAGUUAAUUCUGCCAGCAUCUCAGAUUAAGACCGUUUUGAAUUACCUGCAUAACAACAUGGGUCAUCAAGGUCGAGACCGCACAACAUCGCUUGUUAAAGAUAGAUACUUUUGGAGUGGAAUGCAUAAAGACAUAGAGGAAUGGAUUCAACGUUGUCCAAGAUGUUUGAAGAGGAAAAGAUUACCGAAUGAUAAAGCACCACUCAAGAGUAUAAAAACAUCACAACCACAAGAAAUUGUUUGCAUGGACUUUUUAACACUAGAAACAUCAAAAGGAGGAUACCACCAUGUACUUGUAAUCACGGAUCAUUUCACGCGGUAUGCACAAGCCAUUCCAACAAAGAACAUGUCAGCUAAAACAACAGCGGAAGCCUUUUUCAACAACUAUGUGAUCCAUUAUGGUCUUCCUCAAAGAAUACACUCAGACCAAGGAGGAAAUUUUGAAAGUCGACUUCUUAAGGAAUUAUGUGAACUUACAGGAAUUAAGAAAUCGAGAACGACGCCUUACCAUCCGAUGGGAAACGGCCAGUGUGAAAGGUUCAACAGAACACUUCUGAACAUGUUAGGCACACUGCAAAAUGAUCAAAAGAGCAACUGGAAACAAUACCUAGGUCCAAUUGUCCAUGCAUACAACUGCACUAAACAGGAUACUACUGGAUAUUCACCAUUUUCAUUAAUGUUUGGACGAGAACCUCGACUUCCAAUAGAUACUGUUUUUGGAAUUGAGAACAUCACUACUCAGAAAAACACGACAAAGUAUGUUGAACAACUGAAAGAUAGACUACGAAAAUCUUACGAGCUUGCAUUACGAUCUGCAGAGAAAGCACAAUCUAGACAAAAGAAAGGAUACGAUGAAAAGAUCAGAGGAGCCGUAUUGAAUACAGGAGAUAGAGUACUCGUUAAGAUUUUAGCAUUCGAAGGAAAACAUAAGCUUUCUGAUAGAUGGGAAAACGAUCCUUACAUCAUAUUGGAACAACCAAACUCGGAGAUACCAGUUUUCGUAGUGAGAAAAGAGAAUGGUGAAGGGAGAAAGAGAACUUUACAUCGCAACUUGUUGCUACCAAUUGGUUCCGUCUCCAUGGAUGAACAAGAACCGGAAGAUACACCACAACCAAAACCCAGAUUAAGACCCAGGAAAGAGACUAAACCAGUACCAAAACCAAGAACGACAAGAAGAGAACCUUUGACAAAGGAUCCACAGCCUCCAGCCAGUAUUUCAUCAGAUACUGACAGUGAAAGCGAGGAUGAGUCUUUCAUGAUUUUGAUUACACAGCCUACUGACGACACAGAUAUUAGCACUAACAGUGAUGAUGAUGAUAAUUCUGAAGAACCAGUAGCUGAAGUCUAUGAACCGCAGACUGACGGAGAUCAGCAGGGUGUCAUAGGACAAGAGGAAACUGAAGAUACGGAGGACGCUCCUUCUUCUAAUGAGACAGAAGAUUCAGUUUCGGAACAACCAGAGGAAGCAGUUAUCACUGAAGAAGUAGAACUUGAGGAAGCUGUUUCUUCGGAUGAACCUGGGCAAGAAGAUGAACAAGAUGAACAAGAUGAAAUACAAGACAUUCCACGAAGAUCUGUCCGCACGAAAACAUCAACAGCAACAACGAAAUAUAAGGACUUUGUGUGUAAACAGAUUCAGCCUAAUACAGAUUGGUUAAUAAGGGCACAGUUUUUGAAGGAUGCUGUAUCCAGUGGAGUAUUCAGAGGAUCUGAAGAUAGAGUUAAAGAUGCCUUACUGAAGAUUGUCACUGAUACAGGUUAGUAUUCCCUAUUAUAUGUUCAUGUUUUUAUAUUUAUUUAUUUAUCUAUUUUUUUAUUUAGUCGACGAGGACGUCUCUUUCUCUCAAGACCAGGGGGAGAGAGUUAUAUAGUUUAUAUUUUAGGUUGACGAGGAGUUGACGAGGACGUCAUUUGCGACCAGGGGGAGGAUGUGGUAGAGUGGAUUUUCUGCCAUUUACACUGGAUGCAUUGAUUAUAUUAUAUGUACUAAUUCUAAAUAUCUCUUGCAGAUGAUUUAUUGAAGUAGGUGAUUCGUUUGCAAUUUACUUGUGAUUAGGUCUUAUUUUAUUGGUCAUUGGUGGUCUUGUGAUAUUAUAUAGAGGGAAUUCAAAUUAAAUGGCUGGUCAAUUUUGGUCUUUGUUUACAAAAGUUUAAAUAGUUUAAUUAUUUAGUAUCCAGACUUUGUAGUUACUUUUCAUAGAAGGAUUGAAUCCUUCAGUGAUCUUGGAUACAUUUAUUUUCAGUCAGGAACCACAAAUAUAGCAUAUUUUGAUAAUGAUAUUAUGUAUUGACCAUAGAUCCAUGAUAUAUUGAUCUGUAUAAGGACACUAGGAUAGAAGUUAAAUAGUGUAGCUGUUGAUGUUAUAUAUUGUACAAACUCAGUUCCACAAAUUGGGUUAGUGUAUGUAAUUGUAAGAUGAAUGCAUGUGAUGUACAAUUGAUGAAUAAAGAACCCUAUGACUCAGAUGACUUAGUUAUAUAUGAUGAAGCAGAAAAUUAGACUUUUACA